AGUACCGCGCCAGCUUUCAGAGGAAGAGUACGCGUCGCGCGCGUUCUAAUUCACGUCUUUCGUAUUUACGUACGCAGUCAUUCAACUUUAAAUCCAAUUAUGUAUUAAUACAAUGGCGUGUGUGAGUUAAUGAGAUUGUGUGAUUAGUGCGUUUUAAAUGUUAUCUGAUAGCGUUUGGUGUCGGAAAAUGCUGAAGGAUGUGAGUUUGGGAAAAUGUUGAGCGCGUUCGCGCUAUGGCACGUGGGAUUGUUGGUAUUGGGAGUGGAUGGGCUUAUAGAAAUCGUCGAAGAGCAACAAUGCCACGAUUACGCCUUCCGCCUGACCUGUCGCCAGCUCGACGCUCACAUCGCCAUCCUCGAAGCGUGGUACACCUCCACCGACCGCCUCAACACCUCAUCAGACUUCACAAACCUCACCAUCAAAACUGAGAACGACUCCGAACUCGACCGAGUCUACGUCUAUUCUAGUCCCAAACAUAACGGCGUUUACGAAAGCAACCAUUCCAAUUAUGAAAACGUGACUAAUGUGAACGUGUCGGAACGAUUUGAAUUUACAAACGAAACGGAUUUUUUGGAAGUGAACGGGAGUGAUUGUGGGGUUGGGGGGUUUUUGAGGAGUUAUGGGAGCUGGAGGGAGGGCGAUAAGAGGAGGAGGUCGCCGUCACGUGAGGCGGCCGUGAACUUGAGGGCGCCGGUGAGCUACCGAUGUACAGGAGUUAAUCACUGCAGCUUCGUGCUCCGCGAGGACUACCCCCCAGCGCGGGGGUGGCCGGCGGGGGUGGUUUAUAUAAAAUACGCAUGCUUUGACGAUACCCUCUCUAUCCACUACUGCAACCGCGAGGUCGCUAUAGGCGUCUCCGGCCCCGAGAGCGAGGGGUACAUACGGACCCCGGGCUACCCUAACUUCUACGUGGGCGACGAGUGUCGGUGGAAGCUGGUGGCUAAUCCAGAGCAGAGGAUCAGGAUAUCGCUGCUGGAUGUCAGUUUGAGAAGUAUAGGCCCGUUCGAGAACGAGUGCACCGACUACGUCCUAGUGACGGACGGGAACGGCGACGCGCUGCUCUCGUCGUGCGACCAAGUCGCGCUGCCGCUGCGAUUGUCGUCCGCGACAAACGCGGUCCACGUCACGGUCGAGACGCGGAGCGAAGGAGCGUAUCCUAAGAGAGGCGUGUUGUUUCAUUAUAAGAGUAUAGGCUGCGUAACGCUGCCAGCGCCAUCCGACGGCUACCUAGUGUACCGCAACGAGGACGUGGCGCACUACAUGUGCAAUGUCCACCAUGUUUUCGCCGAUACGCGACAGAGGGCGCGCGUCAUUUGGUGCUUUGACGACAAUAGAUGGAACGACACUGUGCCUUUGUGUGUUGAAGAGGCGAGUGGUGACUCGGCGGGAGAGGGCAAAGACAAAACCAUGACGCACACCGAGGCCAAUAUGAUAGUUGACAUCGUGAUCCCGUCGCUGCUGAUACUGGCGCUGUUCAUCGGGAACGCGUUCAUCGUGCUCAUCAUAUACAAGUACAGGAAACGAAAAAAUGAUGACCUCGACGACGAAUUCAACACCAUCCCACUGAGCGUCAACGGCAACAUUCACAGCGCGGGGAACGCGGUUUAGACAAACAAAUUCAAGAGGGAUUACACGUUAGACUUUGAAACCCUGUUAUAUCUUUGACGUUCUCACACUACUAUUAUUCGCCUCGGGGACCGACAGAUUUA